AUGGCGCAACAUCUGCAGGAAAUAUUCACUAUUUGUCGACUUUGCUUGUGCCAGGAGAAGGAAUUACUCAGGCCAGUUAAGCAAAUAGUUGGAUCUUCGCUUUUCACUGACGAUAUCGAACGAUUCACCGGCAUUCAGCUGGACGAUAAUGAAAAUAUGGCAUACGCGUUUUGCUUAGAUUGCAUCAACAGAUUGCAAAAAUCUUCCUUGUUUCGAAACCUGUGCUUAAACAACAAUGAUCGAUUUAAAGAACUCUGUGCGAUGGUAGCUAUAACCACAAAAAAAGCUACCGAGGAAGUUGAAAAUAAUACGGUAGAUUCCAACACUGAUCCAUUAGACUUAGAUUUUGUCAUUCAAGCAGAUAGAAUUAUUGAUAGUAAAAACGUCACUAAUAUUCCAACUGAACCAAAUAUCAACAUUAAAAAUGCAGAUACAUCUUUGUACUCUGCCAAUUAUAUCAAACUAGGAGAAUCCAUACUUUCAGAUAGUGAUGAAUACGUUGAAAGUGAUAAAGCGUUUACGGAUGAAGAUGAGACUUCUUCAGACGGUUAUUGUUACAAUUCUUCUUACUUUGAAAAAUCUGCAACGAGUAAAACACAUCAGGAUGGUCAUCGAGAAGACAUAUCUUAUGAAUCGGUCACCUCGAAUUCAUCGAAACAACUCUGUAACAUAUGUGGUCAAAUGGUUAGCAGUGUAUCAAGACACAUGCAUACUCAUACGAAAAAUGCACAGCAUGCAUGUCCGCAUUGUUCAAUAAAAAUGACGGACAAUUCGAAUUUACUAAGGCACAUAGCUUCUGUCCACUUGAAAACAGUUGUAAAAUCGUGCGAAAUAUGUUACAAAGGAUUCACUCACUAUAAUACCUAUCAUUCUCAUCUGCUUACUCAACAUGGUAUUGGAAGCACAUACGAUUGCAAACUAUGUCCUAGACGAUUUAAUCAUGCUGGCAGUUUAAGAGACCACGUGCGACGAACUCAUAUUAACGAAAGGCAAUACGUAUGUACGACUUGUGGCAAAAAAUUCAAAGUCAAUGCACAAUUGAAAAUUCAUCAACGAGUACACUCUACAGAACAACCAUUUGCCUGCAGCUUAUGUCCUAAGCGGUUUAAAAGUACUAGAUCGAAAAAUAUGCAUGAACUAACUCAUAGUGGUGUUCUAUUUGAGUGUAAUCAUUGCAACAAAUCGUAUCGUUACAAAACUCUUCUUAGUCUUCAUAUAAGAAAAUUUCAUCUAGAACACACAUCAACGGAAAAUGGGGAAGAUUGA